GCACGCGCGACCUUCACGGCUCAUUGGCACGUCGCAGCGCUCAUGUCUACUAAAUACCUUCUUGCUGUUCCUUUUGUAUACGGCUGACUGGAUUACUACAAUGCUUCUCACUUGUUCAUAAUGCCCAAUUUUAUCGCGGAGUGCAACGUCCUGAAGCCCAAAGACCCCACCUUGAAGGAUAAUAAUGACUGGGAACUCUACACACUUAACAAUGCAGAAGUUCGCGAUGCUACGACUGGAGAGCUACGAAGUCUGCUCAUGGCCGAUGCCAUGCAACCGGUCACCGUCACUGGCAACCUAGAACAAGUUUCAAGGAAGCAACAGAAGCUGCUUGUACGGCCCGAGUACUUCAAGUCGACGCCUUUGAAGGUCGAGAAUGUGAUGUUGUUCUCAUACGGAGAGGACCCCGACGACAAGGAUGAUCCCAAUGCCAUACAGUUCUGGGCUGCCGGCGAGGCUGGGUGGUUCAAGAUCAAGCCAGGAAGAGCAUACAAAAGUCUACAUCUCGAUAUGCAGGAGUGUAUAGAGCUUCUAUGGUUCUCCGCAGACAUCUACGCAAGUGUAAAGAAGGGUGCGACAGGACCUAGUGCAGAGAUGGUCUUCCGCGAAUUUGUGGAAGACGAAGAUAACGAUUGCUCCACGAUCGAGCAGGCACGCGAUAGGUUCUACAGGCACCGACACUUCCUCAUGCUGGCCAUGAUCAACGGGAAGGAAGGAAUUCAUUGGGGACGGCUCGGACUACGCACACAUCUCCGACAACAUUUCCCGGAUGAUUACCAACAGAUGCAAGAUAAGUCCGGCCUCAAAUCGAUUACGAACAACGACUGCCCUCCGGGGACAAGCCAACACAAUAAGAAGGGCUCGGAAGACCCUUCACGGACAAGCAUGUCAAAGCAGCCAACCAGGAGUAAAGCGCCCAAGAAAGACAACAACUGGUUCCGUGCGCAUGUAAUAUGGGAGGUCAUACAACGCGCGGAGGUCUCGAAGACAUUGAGACCUGAAAGCAUGUCCAUAGCGAAUAUUGCCAAGAUCAUGACCCAACGCUACGAGAUUGACGAACAAGACGUAGCGAUGGACUACAUUCGGUCCCACGCUACCAAUGUGCGAUACAUGAUGGACCACAAAGCUGCAAAGAGAAGCUGCAAGAUAGCGUGGAACAAGAUUUCUCUUUUCAAGGAGCUGAGCAAGGCGACUAUCUCCGCAGCGACGGCCCGGAAAGUCAACGAAGUGGAGCUGAAACCUAGAAGACAGCCUGUUGAGGAAUAUCACGAACCAGACGAGGAAGAGGACGAGGAAGAGGAAGAUGACUUGCUGGCAGCAUCGUCACGCGCUCGAAAGGGGGCCGGCCGGCCGAAGAAUGGACGCCUGUCGGUCCUGCGACCUAAAACCUCGACAUCAGCCAAGGGCACGAAGCGUAUGAAGGCACAUCCAGCAGGACGAGCGUCAGAAGAUUUAUCGGGUUCUGAUGGAGAACUCGAAGAUGCGAUGGAUCUGAGCUCGCCUGGCAAGAGACCGCUAGAUUCUGACGACGAGUCACCUCCUAGCAAGAGGCGUGCUUCCGACCUCCCAUCCUACCCCGAAACACCAGCGAACGUGCCAGACUUUGACGAAGACGACGACGAAGAAGACGAAAACGAAAACGAAGACGAAAGCAGCGAGUCCGCACUGUCAGAACUCUCGUCGCCCGAGCAGCUGGCCAACCAACAGAUCCCUCUAAACUUUGACCCGAACGUCCCUUCGCCGCCUGGUGCCGAGUACGUGUCGACAAUAAUAUCGACGCCGUUAUCAUCGUUCCAAGCGAAUGCUCCAGGCAACGUCUGGAACUGCACAUUCGACGGCUGUUCCCAUCGCGUCUACGGCGCGAGCUCGGACGGCUCCCAGCAGCUGAUCAAGGGCCACGUGAAGAACCACCAGCGAGAACAGCAAGUGAAGCUAGACCUGUUGAUGUCGGAGGAGAAGCGGACGCGGCUUCCUGUCAGUCAUCUCUUCAACAGGAUCCGCGAAAUGGCCGCCCAGCAGAACCCUCUCGCCACAGCGCUCGCUGCGUCGGCUGCAGACGCAAACGGGUUCCCCUUGCCCAUUGAGCGGAGAGGCUGAGACGGCUACUGCCUACCGCCUACUGCCUGAGAAGUUGCCGCACCCAUAUACACACACAUACACACACACGCACACGCACAAUCGAAUUGGAAAGUAGAGUUUUCUGGCGUUUUGGAAAUACG